UAAAUGGGGGGGAAGGUUUUUGUAGGGGGAAGAAAUUUAGCGUGACAAGGCCUAAACGUGGCCCCUGGCCAUUAUUGUUUCUCUAUUUGUAUUUAGUGCAUACAUGUACGCAUAUAUGUCGUGUAGUAGAUGAAACAUUGUUAGUCAUUGUUUGUAUCCGGAUACAUUAGUCUGAGCGCACUUUAUCGCGUCUUAUGCUAGCUUAGCUUGCUAGUUAGCUUAGCUUGUUAGCUGCUAACAAAGAGACGCGGACGUUAUCAACACAUCGCUAAGUAGAGAUCAAAUGUGAGUGUAAAGUGUUGUGAUUGUGCGAUAAUGUGGGUAAGAACGACAGUAAAGUAUGAGGAAAAGGAGCGACAACAUCAACUUAUGGACUCUGAAGUUGUGUUACACAGAACAGACGUCCAGCAGCCCCCCCACAUUAAAGAAGAAGAGGAGGAUCCACAGCACCCCCACAUUAAAGAAGAAGAGGAGGAUCCACAGCCCCCCCACAUAAAAGAGAAAGAGGGGGAAUGUUGGAUCACUCAGAACUCCAUAUCUAAAAUAAAACAGUUUUCUAAACUGGACUUUCAAUCGAAGCAGGAGUUAAUAAUUAAAGGAAGACCAAUGCCGGAGCUAAAAGGUUUGCUUCAGACAUCGGGACAAGAGACCCGUUCUUUUCAAACGGCGUGGUACACACGAAAAGGCUGGCUGUGUGGAUGUCCAGAAAGAAACCGCCUUUUCUGCUUUUCCUGUCUUCUUUUCUCUUCUUGUGACAAUAUCUGGACUCAGAUGGGAUAUUGUGACCUGAAGAAUUUGCAGAGAAGCCUCACCAAACAUGAGCGGACGACCACUCACAUUCAAAGCCAGAUCGCGCUCAAAACAUUCGGGAUGUCCAGGAUAGACUUGGCUUUGGAUGAACAGCGAAGACUCAACAUCAGCACCCACAAUGCUAAGGUAAAGGAGAACCGAGAGAUUUUAAAAGACCUCAUCAAUGUCACCUGCUUCCUCGCCAAACAGCAACUGGCGUUCCGUGGAAAUGAUGAAAGUACAGGCUCUACCAAUCGUGGUAACUAUGUUGAACUCUUGCAUGCUAUUGCUGAGAAAGAUGCCAGGCUGGCUAGGCGUUUGGAGACAUCCAUUGUAUUUUCUGGUUUGUCAAAUAGAAUACAGAAUGAUUUAGACGAAGCAGUUGGGGAUGUCAUUAGAAAUGACAUUAAAAAGGAGAUUAGAGCAGCCCCAUUUGUUGCUGUAGAAGUGGACGAGACCACAGAUGUCACAAACCAAGCUCAGAUUUCUGUCAUAUUACGGUAUGUGACUACAACUGAAGCAGGCUGUGAGGUGAGGGAGGCGUUUUUGGGAUUUGAUGACGUCGGUAAUGACAGACGCGCUCCUGCCAUUGCUGAGUAUGUCCUGGGAGUGUUGAAGAAGUAUGACUGUGUUAAAAAGCUUGUGGCUCAGACCUAUGAUGGGGCCGCUGUAAUGGCCUCAGAGCUUAAUAUCGUGCAAGCUAAAAUUAAAAAAAGAGUGCCCGAAGCCAUGUUCACCCACUGUUACGCACACAAGCUGAACUUAGUGCUAUUGCAUUCAGCAAAGUGCAUACCCGAGUGUCGCAUGUUUUUUAAAACAGCUGAGGGACUAGCCUCAUUUUUCAGCAAGUCCACAAAGUGCACCCACUUGCUGGAUGAUGUUGUCAAGCGCCGUUUACCCAGAGCAGCGCCCACAAGAUGGAGCUCUAACUCUAGGCUGCUGCAGACAAUAAGCAUGCACCACGAUGAUCUGCGCUCGUUAUUUCGCAUCAUCAUUGAAAAUCCUGACAGCUGGGAUAAUGACACGCUGAUGAUGGCAGCAGGAUACGAUCAGUGGCUGUCAAAAGCAUCUACAUGCUUUCUCCUUAUGGUAUAUGAGGACAUUUUCAAUAAGACUAAUGCACUUUGUAGAGUGCUGCAAAACAAAGUGAUGGACAUUGAAUAUUGUCUUGCACGCAUCCGCGACACCAUUGCAGCUCUCGAGCGCAUGAGACUGGAGUUCAAAAGUUCCUGUGACCGAUUUGAGAAGAAAUGCAGUGCACUUGGCCUGGCAGAGAGUGGAGGCAUAGAGUCAAUUAGUUUUGAACGAAAACGAGUGUUCUGUAACAUUCUGGAUGACGUAAGCUAUCAAAUGAAGGCUAGGUUUGAUCAUUUUGGUGAGCUGGCUUUCCUUGGUUUGGUUGAUUGUUCAAAAUUCAGGAAAAUGGCAAAACGUUUUGAUGACACAAAACUGCAGAGCCUGUCAAAAUAUGCCAGAUUCUUUGACUGUGUGCAACUAAAGGCGGAUCUUGUUGGACUGUAUAGCUCACAAACGGUGAGGGAUGAAUGUAAAUCUCCUGGACAGCUUCUCAGCUUUUUGAUCCAGAAUGACCUCAUCCAAACUGUUCCUGAGGCGACAAAGUUACUCAAGCUAGUGCUCACUGUUCCAGCUACUACAGCAUCGGUGGAGCAGUCAUUCUCAGCACUGAAAAGAAUCAAAACAUACAGUCGGAACAGGACCGAUCAAGGACGACUUUCUUCCCUGGCAGUGAUCUCCAUCGAGACAGAGAGACUUUUAAAACUGAAGCAAGAUAAGGAAUACUUCUAUAAACAAGUUAUCGAUGCUUUUGUUCAGAAGGAGCGGCGCAUGGACUUCAUUUAUAAGUAAAGGUCGUCUGAAUGACUUGCAAACCACUCGGUCGAUGGAGGUCAUACCUGUGAAAGCUCCUCCUCUCGCAGCCUGGUGCCUUCCCCAUUCUGGUGUUGUCACCCUUACCCUGACGUCAGAUAUCUGCCGCCCAGGACUUCAGAAGGAAAGACAAUAGAAAGGUGGACAUACAAAAUGUGACAUUAACAAAAGUAGUUGUUUUUUUUAAACAAAAAAAAUUCUUCAAUAUAACCCUGCACAGUCUCAACCUGGAGGGAAGGUUAAAAAAGUGACCCCAGAGAUGAGGUGCAGGAUAGGGGAAGAUUUGGAGGCCAUUCAGGUCCAUCACCGUGCAGGUCCAGUUCAUGACCAGUCGACACCUGGUGGCAACUGGAACCUCCAGUACCAGCUAGCAGAAGGGAAAAGCUGGGUCGUAACACCUUUACUAUUUUUAUUUUUUUAGAUUAAAAUGUACUGAUCUGGAUGAUGUAUCUUCUGUACAGAUUUACUUUAUAAAGGAUACGUGUGAGAUACUUCUCUUGUUACAUUAUUAGCAUUUACUUCAUUAAAUGUUUGUACAAUUUAAAUGUUUGGUGCAACAGGAGGACAUAGAAAGAAGAAAAAAUGAAGACUUGUGGGGGACAAUACUGAGAGGACACAACAACUACAGGACAGAUGCAUUUUUUACAAAUAUGAUAUCAGAAUUCAUUAAAAAAGUAAUGUAAACAGUCAUAAUACAGUACUGAUAUUGAUCAUUAUUUUACUAUAGUCAUGAUUCAUGUAAUAUUAUAUAUCAUAACAUACACACAUGUGUAUACAUUAUAUAUAUAUAUAU